GUCGCCUACCGGCGCCAUUUUGGCUCAAACAAACUCUGCAUUUCACUUACUAGUAAAAUAUAUUCGCAAGUUAUCACAUUUUCUACUCAAUACAUUAAAGAGACCGCCCGUAAAGUAAUUGCUUACGUCUGCUAAAACAACUGCUAUCUCUUUUUUCUGACGUCUAACGUAUAUUUAAUAAUACACCUGCGAAGUCCUCUGCUAGCAGACCGAUACGUGUCAUUGUUGUUUUGGCCAGAUGGUAAGUUAAACGUUUGGCGACAAAAAUAAAAAUGGGUGGAUGCUCCGCUCCAAACUGCUCGAACUCUACAACUAUUGGAAAGCAGCUCUUUCGCUUUCCGAAAGACCCCGUGCGCAUGAGAAAGUGGCUUGUGAACUGUCGGCGUGAUUUUGUACCAACUCCCUGCUCCAGACUGUGCCAGGACCACUUUGAGGAAAGCCAGUUUGAGGAGAUCGCCAGAUCACCAGCAGGGGGAAGGAAACUCAAACCAAACGCAAUCCCCACACUGUUCAAUGUACCCGACCCUCCCUCUCCUGUCAACCCUCAAGUAGCGUUACCUGUUAAAAAUGAGCCAGUGGAAAAAGACUUGAACAUGGGGGAUCAUGGUUAUGCCCGCCGACAGCCCCCUGUGGAUUCAGAGGAGGAUGGAGUUCAGGGGGCAGAGGAAGAGCGACCCUGUUCUCUCUGUCAGCAUUAUAAAAGCAAGCUAGAGCAGCAACAGCAGCACACAGUCCGACUACAGAGAGAGGCAGAGGAGAUGAAGAAGCGUCUUUACAAACUGAGUAAAAUAGAAAAGGGGCUGCAGGUGUUCCUGUUCGAGGAUCAGAUUCGCGCCCUAACAUUAGCCAAGCGUUCUCGGAGGGCAGUGUGGUCCCAUGACACUUUACUGACCGCCCGAAAAAUUCGCUGUGCGGUAGGGGUUAAAGGAUACGAGUACCUUAGGGAACUUGGCUACCCCCUGCCUUCUUACAGGACGCUGUGCAAUCGCCUGGAGCCUAAAAUGAUGGUGACCACAAGUAUGCAGGACGAACUGGCAGAGCUCGGCUUGGGCAUCAUAACGGCGUGUGACAGUCCAGAGGGCAAUGUUACGAGCGAUGAAGGACUAAUUGGUGUCAUGACCUGAAACUGUACUAAUGACUGUUGACUGUUAAACCAGCCAAAGGCGAAGCAACUGCAGGACUCACUGAUGAUGUUUGUUUACUGGUUCAAGUUAUUUUGGGUUGUUGUUGUUGUUGUUGCAUUUUAAAACCAUUUGCAUAAAUACCACAACAGUCUGGAGCUGACUCAAUAUUACGUAUGUUAUUUUCUCUAAGAAAGAAAUAAUUCGGUCUUGCUGCAUCUGUCUGUGUAGUUGCACUCCCUUGAUGCAAAUUUUGCACCUUUUAUGUGUAUUGAGGAAAUGUAGGUAAAAAAUGUCGGUGGAAUAAUUUCAGCUGUUUACAGAAUCUUGAAAUGUGCCCUGAAAUCCAAAUGUUAUUUUUGCCACUGAGACAAAGAUAUUGGAGAAGAUUUGGAGAAAUGUCACAAUUGAUAUGAAAUUGGUAUAUUGGUUGUGGUGUUAUGUUGAGGUGGUGUAAAUCUGGUAGAUGAUGUGUAGUGAAGGAGUUUAGCCGCUAAAAAGAUUGCACAUAUUUCUAGACCCACCACACAAAUGAUUCAUGCAGCUGCCAAACUGAAAGUACUGUUCUAAAUAAUAAACUUCUGUCUGCAAACCAGAGUUUCUGGUUUUAUCAUAUUCAUUUAGUCAGAAACAGCUUUGUGAUGGGUCACUUGUCUUGACAAUAGAUCAACUGUGUGUCUUAAAGGGAUAGUUCACCCACUAGUAUACAUUUUUGUAUUGACUCACCCUCCUGUUUCAAACCUGUAUGGGUUUUCUUAUGCUGAACCCAAAAUAAGAAAUGUUGAAAAAUGUUGGUUACCAAACAGUUUCGGUUCCCAUUGACAUCCAGUUUAUGACAUUGCUGAAAGUAUCUGAUUUUGUGUUCCAUAAAACAGUCACAGGUUUGAAUGAGAAUCUUUUUUAUUUUUUCGGUGGACUAUCCCUUUAAGUAAGUGUUCUACUGAGAAAUUCGCAGAGCGCAUAUUAUUAGGGAUAUUUGAGGAACAUAUAGGGUUUAAAGCACUUUAAAUAAUACAACAAUGAUUAAAAACGGAUAUUAAGUAUUAGGUGUGUUAACAUUUUUUUGUUGUUGUUGUUUUUGUGUGUUUGUUUGUGCUCCUUUCUGUACAGAUAUUUGAAAUGUGUACUGAAGGUUGUUGCUCCAUGGAUUAAAGUGUGUACUUUGUCCCAA